ACAAUUUCUCUAAUCAAAGCAUGUGUUUACAUUAUUCUAUCGCGUAAUAGCUGUUCAUUUGUCCGGAGAAGAAAUAUUUUCAUGAAAAUGCUCCAGUUACUACGGAAAAGUGUAGAAUCAAUAUCCCACUACAACACACCGCCAGCGGCGGCAAUAAUCCUGUGCAGAGCACUCACUCAACAGUUACAUUCGCAGCAGCAGCAGCUACAACCAAUCGAACUGAAAUCGUUCAGACCGCCCCGAUCGGUAUGGGUAGAAAAUUUGGAUACCGUCGAAGAGAAGAAACUUGGGCUGGUGGAGUUGAGCAGUGAGAUAUUCGCAGCAUCACCCCGGAUAGACAUAGUUCAUCAAAACAUUGAAUGGCAGCGUAAAUAUCGGUUUGUGAGCUUCGCUCAUGCUAAAACGCGAAACGAAGUUCGUGGAGGAGGACGCAAGCCUUGGCCACAGAAAGGACUUGGUCGGGCGCGACAUGGCUCGAUUCGUUCGCCUCUGUUCCGAGGAGGAGGCAUUGCUCACGGUCCACGGUCACCAACGACUCAUUUCUACAUGUUGCCGUUUUUCAAUCGGGUGCUAGGAUUAGUAUCGACGCUGUCGAUCAAACUUGCUCAGGAUGAUCUGCAUGUUGUCGAGAGUUUGGAAAUUCCGACAGAUGAUCCACAAUAUCUAAAGGAUUUGGCUCAUGAGCGAGCAUGGGGACCGUCAGUUUUGUUCAUCGAUAGCAGCGAUAUUAUGCCAAGGAAUAUCACCGCUGGGGCGGAUGCCGUCGAACAUAUGAAUCUGAUGCCCGUUUAUGGACUGAAUGUGUACUCAAUGCUUAAGCACAAUACUUUGGUUCUGACUAAAAGCGCGGCGCAGGAAAUAGAAUCGAAACUAAGCGAACAUUUACAUCGCAACGAUGCGAGGUCACUUAUGACCAAAUUCCAUGUCGAUCGGUAGAUUAUUAGCGGCAUAAAAUAAAACUGAAUUUCGUUUGA